AUGAUUGAAGAAAAAGUAAGAAACCCUUCCCCACGUUCUACAACUGAUACUACACAUAUUGUUGGAUUUCGCGCCAUGGCCGAUGAAAUAAACAAGCUAGCCUGUUCAUCCUUACCUUUAGGACCUGAAGGACUUGAUCCAACUGUAUCGAUAGCAAUCGAUCAUAUCAAUGGUCAAGAAUAUGAUCCGUACGAUAACAAUCAUACCUUCCGCAAUCAAACAAAUUUACCUUCAACCUUAAUUUUACAACAAGGAGCACGCGUUAUGUAUCUUGACAAUCUUUUGUUUGAACAUGGGCUUUGUAAUGGCUCUAUUGGUGUUGUUACCGAUAUUAUAGAUGAAAAUACUAUAAAA